CCCAACUCUAUCAUCACCAAUUGCAGAUAUCUCGCUAGAAGAUACCGCAGAAAGCCUUUUCCAUCUCAUUCCAUCCGUCAGCCGCUAUACUUUGACUCACAAAACUAAAAAGGGGGCCCAUUCACGUUUUCAUCAUAUUUUCAUCAUGGCUCCUGCGCGACAACAGCCGCCUCCGCCGUUUGGCAAGGACGAAAAAGUCCUCUGCUUCCACAUGGACAUGCUGUAUGAGGCCAAGAUCAUGGACGUGCAGCCUGCGGAGAAGCCCAAUGAAGGAUAUCGGUACAAGGUUCACUACAAAGGCUGGAAGAACACGUGGGAUGACUGGGUUCUGGUGGACCGGAUCCGGCCCUUUGACGACGAGCACAAGGAGCUGGCAGCCCAGCUUCACGCGCAGCUCAAGAACAGCAUGCAGAAGACGUCCAAGGUGCCCAAGAAGAUCGUCAAGAGCGGCGGCGAGUCGGCGCGUGGCAGCGAGGAGCGAGGGUCUGCCGUCACUCAGGGAGGCAGAGGGGGCAGGAGAGGCAAGGACUGGGAACUGGAGCAGGAGGACGCUUUCCACAGCAAACCAAUGAUCAACAUUUCCGUGCCCGAUCAUAUCCAGGCCAUGCUUGUGGACGAUUGGGAGAAUAUCACCAAAAACAACCAGCUUGUACCAUUGCCUCAUCCAAACCCAGUUACCAAGAUUUUUGAGGACUAUCUUGCUGUUGAGCGGCCACGCAGAGAAGAGGGCUCAUCUAGUAUGGACAUCUUGGAGGAAGUUAUCGCCGGAUUUCGGGAAUAUUUCGAAAAGGCUCUCAGCAGAAUACUUCUCUACAGAUUUGAGCGUCAUCAGUACAUGGAUGUGCGGAAACUGUGGGAUAAUGCCGACGAGAAUUCGCAGUACAAGAAUGUCUGCGAUGUUUAUGGCGCAGAGCAUCUUGCGCGUCUUAUUGUUUCAUUGCCCGAGCUCCUUGCGCAGACGAAUAUGGAUCAACAGUCCGUAUCACGCCUUAGAGAGGAAAUCGGCAAGUUCACCACUUGGCUGGGCCGCAAUUGUCAAUCAUAUUUUGUCAACGAGUACGAGACUCCAUCUCAAGAGUACAUUGACAAGGCUCGAAGCUUCUAGAUGUCUUUAUCUUGUUGGCUGCCACAAAAGGAGAACACAACUGCCCACUUUCGUCUGUCGCCAGAGUUUUGUUUAUCUUCUCUCGGCUAUGUUUACCCGCUCCCCUCUUGUUUAUUGUUUGUUUUUAAUAUCUAGUUGGAAUCACGACAACACACUCACGCUGUAACCGGCAAAGUCGGCGACAGCAACUUGUUGGGUCGAUGAUGGUUUUUACUUGCGCCUUGAUACCGCAUUUUCCGUGGGAUUCUCGUCUUAUUGAAGGAUUCGUUUGGUCACGGCACUGGAUAGGAUUAGCAAGGUGUUAAUGCGAUGAAACUGGUGCUUUCUUUUGGUUUUUCGAUGACGCAGUUUUUAGUUAGAGUUGGGGGGGAGACGGGGAGUUAGUUUAGUUUCAAGAUAAUGGGAAAAUGCUUUGUUUUGUAU